GGUUCCAGUCCAUAAAUUCGCUCCCUGGCGAUAUCUGAAGCUUCCCCACACUUCUGUUCUCCUUUGUACCUCUCACUUGAACCACCAACACCAACCUUGCCUAUUUUGUUGUCAUUAUGUCUGAUAUUAAGGUUGAUGGGUUCAAGUCGUCUGAGAUCCUGGCCACACUAGCCCAGGUCUUCGACUCCUACGGCGAGGCAGAGAAAAAGGCACAGAUCAAGAAGUCCAACGGCAUCUUCGAGCUCAAGGUCAAGAAUUCUGCGGGAACUGAGGAGACUUGGACAAUAGACAUGAAGAAGACUGGUACAGUCUACAAAGGUGCCGCGAAGCCUAAAGCCGACGUCACCAUCAUCCUCUCCGACGAUACCUUCACACAGCUGGCAGAAGGAAAGCUUGACGGGCAGAAGGCAUUCAUGACGGGAAAGCUGAAGACGAAGGGAAACAUGAUGUUGGCUACGAAGCUUGACGGGGUUCUUAAGGCGGCUAAGUCCAAGGCGAAGCUUUGACCUGUACCCAUGAUCAACGUCGUUGUUCCUUUAAUUUUUUGUAUAUUAUUUAAUUCUCUCUCUUAUUCUUAACCUUGCCUUUGGGG